AUAAAUCUCUUGGGAUAGCCCCCCCCCUAUCCCACCAUUCUCCUCAAGACAACCAUCCACGGGCAACACUACAGGGCCAAGUCCUUCUCGAACCAAGCCAUCCGAAGUCACACGUAAAAGACGCCAGGCGCUAUGGAUAACCACUCGUACAACUACCCCUCGGAUUGCACCCCGCUCACCAAGUCGGCCCGCAAGCCGGCCGGCUCCACGGUGGUGAACAUGGGUGGUGCGGAGGGCAAGUGUGCGCCACGGGACUACCUGGUGUGGUCGCUGUGCAACACCCUCUACGUCAACUUCUGCUGCCUGGGCUUCAUGGCACUCAUCUACUCCAUCAAGGCCAGAGACCAGAAGACCCAGGGCAACCUGCAGCUGGCCCAGGAGUGCUCAGACAAGGCCAAGUGGUACAACAUCCUGGCUGCGGGCUGGAACAUGCUGGUCCCCCUGCUGGCCGUGGUGCUGCUGGUGCUGCUCCUGGUGCACCUGGGAACCUCCCAGGGCUCCUUCGACUUCUUCGGGGAGGACGGCUUCAAGAGCUUCAUGAAGCUCUUCAGCUGGUAGACCAGAGCCGGAGCCAGAGAGAGAGAGAGAGAGAGGCUGGGCAGAGGCCUAGGGAGAGAGGGAGGUGGAGAGGGAGAGGGAGAGGGAGAGGGGGAGUAGGUGAGAUACAUAUGGGGGGAAGUAAGAAAGGGGAAGAGAAAUCACAUACAAGGUCCAAACCAUUGAUGACAGUGUUUAUAUCAGAUAUGUGUUACAGGGUGUUGAUAUUUGAUGCCUCAACAGAUAAUAAGUGAAGUGAAACAAGAGGAAGAUAUUCGUACAGAAAUGCUAAGACCCAUGCUAAGAACUUAGCUGAGGUUCCUACCUUUACCUACCUAUUAUAUGUGUACCCAUAUUGAUGUUUAGUAAUUGAUUAAUAUCUAUGAUACAAUAUUAAUAUCAUUGAAAUAGAAGUAAAAGGAUGGAAUUUAAUAAAAACAGGUAUGAAAAUCUAUUAUCUGAAGUAUUAUCUGAUAUAUUUAGUCACACAUCAUGGUCGAGGAUGUUCAUGUAGAUAAUAAUCAUGUGUUUUGUCAGUAUUGUUUAAACUUGCAAUAUGUCACUAUUACUUUUUUUUUUUUACACUAUUACUGUAGCCAUCAUUUUUAUCAAACAUAAUUUUAAAUGAUGAGAAUCCAACUUAUUCACACAGGACCCCUGACCACAGGAUUUCUUCCCACUCAAUCAUGUGGAGAAGCAGGGAAGGUGUAAACAUCUGAAGUGAAGAGUAGGAAGGACAUGAAGAGCCACUACCUUUUAAAGAAUCCAUUGUAGUGGACGGGUUAUGUCAUUGUUGUUAAUAUUAAUAUUAUAGAUCAUUAGCAAGGAUUCAAUUUCAAAGAAAAAAACAAGCAAGCAGCUGCUUUAUUUGUUAUUUAUUUAUAUUUAUGUUGAGGAUCCAUUUGGAUAGGGGAGAUAUCUGUAGAAAGGAAACAAAGUGGGAACAGUGUAAAUCCAGGACGGCAAGGAGAAAUGUUAAUUUUUAUUAUCACUCAGCUCAUUUCGAUUUUUGUUAUUAUGAUUACUGGCCGCUUAUUUGAUUUUCCGUUUUACAGUCCUUGUCUUAAUGUCAGUACUUUGUGAAGUCGGUUUGGGCUAAAUAAAUUGAAUAUAAUGACAAA